ACUAUUACAUUGAAAGAUUACACCAUCCAUUUGCCAUGCCUUGCCUAUAGACUGUCAAUUAGUUAAAUGAAGUAGUUUUAGUUUAUGAUCAGCAUUUGGACAGUUGAACGAAGCCAUUCAUCAACGUCACACAUUUUCCCCAUUUUGGCCAUCUGCGGAGUUGCCAAGGCUUCGAGAACUGUGUAUAACCGAGAGCCAGUCUUACCAUGUCCUGCCUAACGAGAACACUGCAGCUGUUGCAAGUGCUGACAUCGAUUUCGGGCUGCAAUAUCUAUAGAUACGCUCCGAAAAAACGGGCAUUUCAGCUGAGCUCCCAGUUGAAUAUGGCCUUGGGAGUACUCCACGGCUUCUGGCUGGGACCUUGGCUACUGUUUAUCUUGCUGAUCGUCUCGGCCAUGUUUAUCUUUUUGUUCAUAGACGUCUUGGUGAACUUGAAACCGAACAGUGACAGUGCUCUGAAUCUAUUUUACCUGGCGACUCGUUUCUUUUUACUCAAUGAUCCAAUUUUCAUAAGCUACAUUAUUGCCUAUAUCUAUGUGUACCAGCGGAAGAGGAUGCGGGACUUGCUGAACGGAUUUGCGCGCAUCUAUUAUAGAUAUAGAAGUAUAUGUGGACAAGGGCCCACCAUUAAUUGGUGGCUCUUUCUCAUGUACAUUAGUAAGAUGACUUCCAUGACAAUGCUGAGGAACUAUUCUCUACUGGACAAGAUUCCAUUCUUCAGCCCAAACUCUAUAUUCAAUACAUUUUUACGCCGCUCAGGGAUUCUUUUCGGGAGGAUUCAGCCAUUUCUGCUUGGGGUUACUGCCCACUUGGGUCUUCUGAUCCUCUACUCUUGCUAUAUUCUGCCGCCAUCCCGCCCCAACCACCGUCAGUUAAUACCGCUGAUUGAUUACUAUAAGAACCUGAUUCAGUUGCGCAGAAGGUUCGAGCCUCUAAUCAGACCCCUGAUCUGGAUCUGUAUAAUGGAUGACUUCAUUUUGUUCGUGAUCACGCUCCAUUUGUUCUUGUCUAAGGAGCCCAGCUCCCACUCAGUGGGUUACUACUUCUAUACAGUUGUUUUAAACUUCUCCUAUCCGCUGUGUCUUGUCCAUGUCAAUCUCGCUAUCGACUCGGCCCAAAGAGAGUUUGGACAGUUCAAGAAAAACUGCAAGCCCGAGCGUCAGUUACAGAUGUUUUGGCUCUACCGAUUGACUCUGCAUAACGGAGCAGACAAGAGCGAUUUGAAUGUAUUUCGCUUGAAUCGUGGCCAUAUCUUGGAGGUCCUCAGUAAGGGCUUUACGUGGGCCAUGUUUUCAUAUGGCAUUUACGUGAAUAGUAACGAAUUUCUGAAGAAUUAUGAGAGGGUUAAGGAAAAGCGCCAGUAGCUGAUUUUCAGUUUUUUUAAUCCCAAUGAAUCAUGUAAUGAAUUUGUAAUUGUAAUCUUUGCUAUACUAGAUUUACUAUGAAUUACAUACAUUUCUAUCACAAAUAUUAUGUAUUAUUAAACAGUCAUAUAGUGAACAAAAUCUUUCGGAUGUUUGUACCAAUAAAUAUGGGAAAAAAUUCUGAAGUCAGUGUAUUAGGAAGGCCCUACCUCCCAUCAAUAAUUUGUUAAUAGCCUG